UGUAAAAAAGCGCUAACUUCACUGCAGAGACAUGAAGAGCAGCAGGAUCAGAGUUCUGUUUGAAUCCCUCAUAUCAUGUGGAAAACCUGCCAAAGUAUUGUCUGAACCAGAAAAUGAGAAUGGCCAAAGACCAGUAGUGGAAAUAGAGGAAUCAGAAAUUACACAAGCCCAAGAAGUAGUGGUAGUAAUAGAUGAUCCAGGAAAUGCUGCACGAGGACAAGAGCAGGUGGUGAAAGAUCAUGAACCGGAAAAUGCACAAGGCCAGAAAAUGGUAGCAAAACAUGAACCAAAAAACGCAAAACAACUACAGCAUAAGUUUGUGAAAGAUCAUGAACCAGAAAAAGGAGGGGUGUAUGUAAUGGAAUAUAGAAAACUUAUAAUUACACAUCGAAAAAUAGCAAUACAUGCACGACGAUCAGAACCUCCACCCAAACGAAAAUAUCGUGGUCCUCAGACUGGUUGAACUAAUAUAAUCUCGGAAAUUCCUUUUUUUAUGCUUUAUUUCGUAUUUGGUCAUCCUUCUAUUCUCAAUUUAAAUUCUAGCUUAUCAAUAUGAGAUGGGUAGAUUAAUGACUUUGUGUAAGUAA